CCAUCUCCCAUCUCACUGCUGCUGCCUUGACGUUGCCCGGAUCGGAGCAUCGUCAACAUCGGACUGACCAUUGAAGCGCACUGAACUGGUUUUCCUUCCUCGGAGGUUUGAGGAAGGAGGAGGCACGUGUGGCAAGGAAGCGACGCCUGCGUGCCAAUCGCACAGCGGUCGUGUUGAAGACCCCCCUUCCCCUCGCGAGACACGCACGAGCGGCACGGGCGGACCCGUCGAGAAGAGAGGUCGUAGGCGUUCGCCGACGGGGAACCACCCGCUAAUCAAGGCCGCGAUACGGGGGGCAACCCAACCCGCCACCCAACACAAGCACCGCCGCGCAAGCUGCCGCGACAGCAAUGGCCGUGUUUCCCGACGAGGAGUCCCAGGCCGUUCCGGCGGCAGCGGCAGGAGCUGCCACCCCGGCCGCACCGCACGAUUCGCAGCCAUCGUCGCUGGUGACCAGGCUCUCCGCGGGCGGGGGCGUCUCGCUGUCGUACCGCGUGAGCCUCUCUGUCGAGGUCAAGGACGUCUCCGACACGGGCAAGGCGACGGGGGGCACGCGGAGGAAAGUAAUCGUGGAUGACGCAUGCGGGACCGUCGCUCCUGGGCAGACAUGGACCAAGUAA